UGGGCAGCCCUGCUUUGGCCGGGGGGUUGGACUGGAGGGUCUCUAGAGGUCCCUUCCAACCCUGACAAUUCCAUGACUCCAUGCCAUCCAGCAGAGUGCAGGGGACGCAGUGCCGUGCCCCCUGCACAGGAGUGGGGGUGCAGACAGUUCCCAAGCUUGCAGGGGGGGGCCAUGCAUGACAGUGCCAUGCAGCCCUGUUGUGGGGUAGCCCAUCUCUGCAGCACCAUCCUACCCCAGGGAGGGAGUGCUGGGUGCUGUGGGAGGCAGCGCAAUUUUGGGGACCCCAUGCAGGGAGAGCAGCGUGUGAAGGAGCACACACACCCCCCCCCCAGCAGCGGAGGCGCAGGAGACUCCCAGGGCUCGGGGCUGCUGAAAGUCCAACUUCCCCGUUAAAUAUAAACCUGCCAUGGCUCUCGCCCAGUGAACCGCUCCCUGUGGCCCUGUGGCCGGCAAGUGAGGCAGGAUCCUCCCGAGCCGCCUUCCUCCCCUUGCCCAGACCCCCACCAAAAUGGCCACCGUCCCCCUUGGCUUCAACAUCGACGCCCCACGCUGGGACCAGGGCACCUUCGUGGGACGCCUGAAGCAUUUCCUCAACAUCACCGACCCGCGGACGGCGCUGGUGUCGGAGGAGGAGCUGGACCGGGCCAAGGCCCUGGUGGAAGGCUGCAGGGCUGGGCUGGUGCCACCAGGAAGCAGCCAGGAGCAGCUGCUCUAUGCCAAGAAGCUGUACGACUCGGCCUUCCACCCCGACAGCGGCGAGAAGAUGAACCUCAUCGGGAGGAUGUCCUUCCAGGUGCCGGGGGGCAUGGCCCUCACCGGCUGCAUGCUCCAGUUCUACCGGACAGUGCCCGCCGUGGUUUUCUGGCAGUGGGUGAACCAGUCCUUCAACGCCAUCGUCAACUACACCAACCGCAACGCCGCCUCUCCCAUCUCGCUGAGGCAAAUUGGGGUGGCGUACAUCACAGCCACCGGUACGGCCCUGGCCACCGCAGUGGGACUCAACCUCUACACCAAGGUACGUGGAAGCUGGGGCUGGGUGAGGCAACUGGCCUCAUCCUGCCCUCCCACACUGAUGCCAGCCUGUCUCCUGCAGCGAGCACCCCCCUUGCUGGCCCGCUGGGUCCCCUUUGCGGCCGUGGCUGCUGCCAACUGUGUCAAUAUCCCCAUGAUGCGGCAACAGGAGAUCAUCAAUGGGGUGACAGUGACAGAUGAGGACAACAACGAGCUCGGCAGCUCCAGGAGGGCAGCGGUGAAGGGCAUCGCGCAGGUUGUGGUCUCCAGGAUCACCAUGGCAGCACCGGGCAUGAUUAUUUUGCCCAUCAUCAUGGAGCGACUGGAGAAAUACCCCUUCAUGCAGCGGAUCCGGGUUCUCCAUGGACCUCUGCAGGUGCUGCUGUGCGGGGGCUUCCUCCUGUUCAUGGUGCCGACAGCCUGCGCCCUGUUCCCACAGAGAUGCUCCCUUGCGCUGGCUGACCUCGAGCCGGAGCUGCGUGAGAGCAUCGUGGCCAAACACGGGGACAAAGUGCCGUACGUCUACUUCAACAAGGGACUGUGAACAGAGACUACCUCAGGAGCCACUGUACUCCUCCAGCCCCCUGCCACCACCAGCCCCCAUCCCCUGAGCAGGGCUCAGAGGCACAGUCCAGCCAGACCUGCCCCCCAACCCAGCACUAUCUCUGCUGCCUCCUUCCCCCAGAGAGGCAGGAUCUGGCUCUGUGUGCCCAGUUUGCAGCACUUUGGCUUUUCCUGAGCCACCCCACCCCACAAUCUGGUGCUGGACAUAUCCCUGCCUCCCCAUGUCCCUCUUGCCCUAUACUUCCCGUGCCUUCCUCCUGCCCUGCGCAGGAGGAUCUGCCCAGCCUGUCUGAGCCCCAAAUGGUCACUGGGUUUGGCCCCACAAGGCAUCAGGACCUCUCCCUGGGGCUCAGAGCACAGUCCUACCUCUGAAGGCAGGUGCCCUGCCAUCCUACCAGGAACCAAAUCACUUUGCUGCCUUAAACCACCACAAAAGCCUCUUACCAAGAGCUGGAUCCCGCCUUGGCAGGUGGGAAGGGACCUGUCCCCUCUGCACAGGGAGCACCCCAAAGUCCAGGGACCAGUGCUUGGACCAUGCCUGCCUUGCUCUCAGGUUCAGGUUUUAUUCACUUUGUGAUUGUCACAAUCAAGGAGAGAAAUAGCCAAUUGUUUAUAAGCUCUAGUUUUUGCAAUCUACCCAUUCCUCUAAGCACAAGAACCAGCCAUCACCCUUGUCCUGCAUCUCACUGUCCCCAUGGUACGACAAAGGACCUGUAGCCUUGGGGGACUAUUCACUAUGGGACCCCUUGGACAAGGGGGAAGGAGACACAGGAGUCACAAAGCUGUUGGCAUGUUAACUCAGGCCCUGAACAACAACACUGCAAAUGACAGAGAGGUGGGCUGAAAAAUAAAAUGUGAUGAUUUUUAAAAAACA